CUUCGAAUUGUGCUUCUUCCUCCCCAAGAAAUUUGCUUUAUAUAAGCAACGCUCUCGGGAUUUUUUCCGAUACAAUUUCCCCACGAGGAAGACAUCAAUCGAAUCGACUACGAUUUCUCCGGCGACCAAUCUAAUACAUACGAUUUAUUCCGAUGGGCGGUGGAACGGAAGCUUUUCCAGAUUUAGGAAGCCAUUGCCAAAAAUCCGAUUGCCAUCAGCUCGAUUUCCUCCCCUUUACGUGCAACGCAUGUCACAAGGUGUUUUGUUUAGAACACCGGUUAGCCAAAUCGCACGAGUGUCCGAAACCCGACGCCGGCAGCCGUAAGGUUGUGGUCUGCGAGGCUUGCUCGGCCGCGAUCGAGACGACGGGAUGUUUUGGCGAGGACGAGAAGAAGGUUUUGGAGAGGCACGAGAAGUCCGGCGACUGCGAUCCGAGGAAGAAGAAGAAGCCGACGUGCCCUGUGCGGCGGUGCAAGGAGGUUCUGACGUUCUCCAACACUGCAACGUGCAAGACUUGCCGAGGCCGGGUUUGCUUGAAGCAUAGGUUUCCGGCGGAUCACGCCUGCAACCAGCCGAGAUCGUCUAACAAGUUUUUGGCUCCAAGGAAUGGGAAAGACUGUGGGAUCAAGGUUUCUAUUUCUAGUUCUAGUUCGCAGCCGCCUAGUGUUAAAGCCUGUUGAUUUUAUUCAUGUUUUAUAAUUUGUUACAUCUAUUCUUUCUGGAUCAUUGAAUGAAUGAAUAAAAUUUCAUAA